UGUAAAUUCGUCACCGCGAAAGGCACAGGACAACCUUAUAUAUAGGAUUGGAGUAACAUUUGCAUCAUUGGUCCAAGCUAGCUAGGUCUCUUUUGUUCCAUCUUUUCGAUUAGCGCACACACAAUUGCCAUCUGUUUUCCUAAAAAAAAAAAUUGCCAUUUGCCAAGCAAACUGGUAGUGGUAGCGAGUAGUGUUCAUUCACUAGCUAGAUCUAUCGCCCAUGUCGGGCUCGAGCGACAACGCCGUCCCGAUCACGGAGGAGGAGAUGAUGGCGGCGAUGAUGCAGGAGGCGCUGGCAUGGGGCACGCCCCCGCGUCUAUACCUAUCCUAUGGUAUGGUAGCGAUGAAAGGGAUGCCGCCUGUGCUGACAGACGCUGUGGAGGCUGCGCCGUCGUUCACGCUGCUUACGCCUCCCGUGGGCUUAGACUUCUUCGCCGUGCUUGACGGCCGUGGCCUCGGCGCGGCCGCUGCCGCUGCCAGCGGCGAGGAGGAGUCCGAGCGCCUAGUCGCGCUGCUGCGCGACGCUCUCGCUACGCAGGUCUACUUGAAGCUGAUGUGCAGCGACAGCCCGCGGUUGUUCCUUGACGGGAUGUCGUACAACGGGUGGUGGGCGACGACGCUGAGGGAGGCGUUCCGAGUCUUCCACGAAGCCUGCAGCCAGGGUGAGCACGGCGUGGACGCGCCCGCCGCCACGGCCAUCGUCGCGCUUGUACACGAGAAGUAUCUCGUCAUCGGCAACCACGGCGCCUCCAAGGCCGUGCUAUCCCGGGACGGCGAGCUCGUGGAGCUCAGUUCCGAUUCCCAGUCCCUACACAUGUCCAAGCAGGCCACCGAUGCGUCGGUGAGCUCAGCGCCGGCGCCGGCAUCGGCAGCCGCAGGCGUCGUCGUCGACGUGGUGGUGGUGGAACGGGAGGCGCGCGACGAGUUUCUGAUCCUGGGGAGCGCCGCGCUCUGGGACAAGGUGGCGCCGGCUGCGGCGUGCGCGCACGUCCGGCAGAGAUUGGGGAGGACCUCGCGGAUCAUCAUGCCGUGGGAGACGCACAUCACCGACACGGACGACAUGCCGAUGCUGCUCGCAAAAGAGCUCGCCAAGAAGGCGGUGCACGCCGGCAGCCGGGACAACAUCAGCGUCGGCAUCGUCAUCUUCAGGGACUUCUGGGCUAUCCGGCACACGCAGGCUGCCACUGCCAGCAAGGCAGCAAGUGCGUUAGCACUCUGAACCCUCAAGCCUCCUUGAAUCAUGAAGGACCAAGUGUCAUUCAGGAUCCUGUAGCCCAAACGGCAACUGAAGAAGCAGCAGGGGUCCACUCGUCAGACUUGCACAAGUGGCCAGUACGCGGGGCCCGAGUGGCAGAUAGCCGUAGUACUUUAAGAGAGAUGAGAGAAGAGUGGACAACAUGAAAGAACACUAGAACAGGAGAAGUCUAGGCCUAAUACAAUCUUUCCUCCUCUGAUCCCCAAAUUCUGUUUGUCUCCUUCCUUCCUUCCUGUUCUUCUCCAAUUCCUCGCACUGCAUUGCUAGUUCAUGCAUUUGGUUGGUGUGAAAUUAAAUUUUGUAGGAGCUUGGAACCAUGUUGCUCA